AGUGCGAAUGAUGCGCGGGUCGUGGGUGGUUUACGCCUCUAUCAAUCAGUGAUGGUAGUUGGUCGCACGCGUUUCCAAUUAUUAUUGAGAUUACUAUAACAGGCUAUUGUAGCGAUUGUACAGCUGGGAUAUAAACUAUUGUUGUUAUUGUGCCAUUGUGGGACCACCAAGAGGUAAAUGGACUAUUUCUCCAGAUGCUAAAAUUAUACGUCGGUACAGAACUACAGAAUAUGGCAGACAAAUAAUACUGAAAUUACACAGAUAUGGGAUAUCAAGAUGCUUUUAAAGAGAAUACCAAAAUUAGGUGCUGUAAUAGACUUAACAAACACAACAAGGUAUUACGACCCGCAGGAAUUGAAGUCGGCGGGUGUUCUGCACAAGAAGAUUUUAAUGCCGGGUCGCAUUAUACCGCCCGAGGACAAAGUGACCGAAUUCAUGGACACGGUUGAAGAGUUUCUGGAAAAAGAUGACGAAUCGUUGGUGGGUGUUCACUGCACGCACGGGUUGAACCGUACGGGGUACAUGGUGUGUCGGUACCUCCGGGAUCGCCUGCGGUGGCCUGCGGCAAGCGCCAUCGACAAAUUUGAAACGGCACGCGGGUACAAAAUAGAGAGGGAUAAUUACAUAGCAGAUCUUCUCGGCAAAACGCCGCCUAAGCCUGAUAUAAACAAACCGACAACUAUAAAACCUAUAGACGAAUCCUUUACAGAUACCGUGUUAACUAAAGAUUCUAACACGUAUAAUAAUAAAAGAAAGAGGAAUCAACGGGACUGUAAUAGAGGAGGUUCAUGUGAAGAAGAUUUUAACGGUCGUACCAUGAAGUAUGGAGACAGAAGGCAUGGCGGUGGUAAGAGAUAUAAAGAUGACAAAGACAAAUAUUACAGAAAUAGAAAGGAAAGCGCCUCAAGUACAGAUUCAUAUGAUUUUAAAUAUGAUUACUGACACCGGUUUAAAUUAAUUUUAUUUACAAUUUUAUAGGUUGCUCUUCGAAAUCAUUCUGCGUGAAUCAGAAAACGGGGGCAUUCUGACGUAAUUGCUCAUUUUUUAUACUUAUUAGUUUCCGUUUAUUAUAUUUAAAGUUUUUAUUUACAAUUUUUUUAACAAAAUGAAGAAACAAUUCUUUCAUAAUUAAACGAACUUGCCUAAGUGAAGUUUAAUUGUAAAAUAAUACGAGAUGCUUAGUCCGAGAUGUGUUCUAAAUUCACUUUAUAGUAUCACAAUACCCGCGCUGUGUGUGGCGCGAAAUUAUAUUUCUUUCCUCUCAUCUUUCUUCUAAUGUUUAGAAAAAUAAAUAUUAGCCUUAAAAUAGUCAGUUUUUUUUUUAAAUUGAAUAUUUAUUUUGGAUAAAUUCAAUUAGAGUACUUGUCAGGCUAAUUUACUGAAAAGACUUAUGCAGUCUUAAAUAUUCAGGUAUUUUAACUUAAAUAAUUCGUAUCUAUACUGAAUUUAUGUUACAUCAAUGUAAAGUUAUUUGUAUUAAAUUUUCAAGAACGCCACUUGAGACUAUAUUUAAGAAACAUUCUGAUGUCGCAAGAAAUUAUUAUUAAGUACAAAGACAUAAUUAUGUAUGUUUUUGUAUAAUUACCUAAUCCAACUUCCAAUAAAUAGAGGUAGGUUCGCAUAAUAUUUGAUAAGUAAAAAUAUAGUUGUGUGUAUUGUACAAAGGGGUUGUUUGGAUUUGCAAAUAAAAUUUUUUAUACAUAUGUAUCAUAAAAUGUCCAGUAUUCUAUACUUGUGAAUAUCUAGAAAUCGAAGUUUCAUAAGAGACACUUGGUUUUGUUGUAAAUUAUUGAGUGUUUCGAAGCGAUAUGUGUAUUUAGUAUUCUUUUAAGAUGUACAUGAGUUGUGAUAUAUAAACCUUUUUUAUAUUUGUAAUGCCCUUGCUUUUUUGGCAAGUACAAAACUUAAUAAUAGGUUCGCCGCUUGCUAAUUCCUGAUAGCCUAUAUGACGUUUAUGGGCGUUUAUUUUAAUCACAGAAAAUAUAAAAGAUGUGUAAACAAAUAGUUGCUGGUGCAUUAGAAUGCUUUUCUUUCAAUAAUUAACUCCACUCCACUACACUUCACUACACUGCACUGCACUAAACUACACUGCCCUACACUACACUACACUACACUACACUACACUAAACUCCAGUCUAUUCCACACUACACACACAUAUACACACACUACACUCGCUACACUCGAUAUUCGCAACUGUAUCGCAAUGGACGCACUACAGUGCGCGAUCGCUCGCUUAGUACAAAAUGGUGCCCUUGCAUUGUAGGCAUCGCAUAAUUUGCAAUUAUUCGUUGUGAACUUUUUCGACAUAUUGACAUUCAGGUUGACAUAAUAAUUGAUAUAUAAAUAAAUAAAAUUAAUAAUAUUAGAUGUGUGCGACUCACCUGCCUCGCCCGCAAGGGCCCAUUUUAAUACAUCAUUUGAAAUUUUAAUUGACAUAGGCUAGUAGAACAUAUCCCGAAGUUGUGAAUCUAGCCGUAACUGAUUUAUAUUUCGAAUUGAGAUAGAUUGAAAUUCCUGACCGAAGUGCGCCUGGCGGAUCGACAUUUUUGUUGGUAGGUUUUUAAAUGGAAUAAAAUUGGGUCUCGACAAGUAUCUUUUAUUUAUUUCUUUUGGAAAAUAAACCAAUUUAUUUUUAAUGUAAUCUUUUUGUUGGAAGAGUUCUUGGGUUUCAUUAGGAAUUCAAUUCAAUUAAAACUUUGUAUCCUGAAAUUACUCCGAAAAAUAAUAAAAUAUUUUGUUUUUUUAAGCAUUUGCAAUUUGUAUAGAACUGCAGUGAAAUAGUUUAUUAUGUUACUGACCUUUAGAUAACAGUAAAUAAUAUAAUCUGUUAUUAUGCGAGAUCAAAUGAUAAAUAAGAAAAAAACUAAGGUAAUGGAUGUUUGUAAAAGAAUAUUAUUGUUUAAUUUUUUAAAUAAUGCAAACAUCCAAAACUUUGUUUACCACUACUUGAUAUUCUAGAGUCAUAUUUCUAGGGAAAGUUAUCACUAAGGGCCUGCACCUCAGUCAUUUUUCUAUUUUGAACAUGAGUAGAGCUCAUGAUACUCAGGUAUGUUAUCUGUCGUUAUACCUUUCUGAUCCUAGCAAAGAUGCAACAAUUAUUUUUAUGUAAGCAAAUUACAGCGUCUCCGACCUUACAAGUUGGUUUUUUAAUUGAAGUUGAACUCAGAUAAUAAGUUAGAAGUUAAUAAGUAUGGUAGAGGUCAAUAUGUUGUUAUAAUUUAUCAGGCUGUCCCUUAAACCUUUUAUUGACGACGAGGUUGGCCCCGAAACGGUUUUUUAUGUCAGCGGGCAACUGAGCUGGUGGUUCGGAUGAUUGCGAACCGGCGUGUACAAGGCAUCCAACGUGCUUUGUUGCUAUUGUUUGAAUUUUUUUUUUGUAGUGCAAUACAGUAAACAACAUUGUGCAAGCUGAUUUCAUCUAACAAUUAACAGAACCUUUACUCCAUAUAGUAGUUACAAAAAUGCAGUAAGUCAUGAGAACGAAUCUAAUUAUGGUAAAAUUGGUGGGAUCACGUAUAGUGAUGUGGCUUGCACGUGAUUGAUACCAUCGAGAUGUAACGAUUACGAAUGACGCAGCUUCACUCAGGCGCUGAUUACGAUGACUCGACUAGGGUGCAGUGUGGGGAUGAUUUAUAUGGAAACGAUUACUUUAAUUCUUAAUGGGAUUUCAAAAUUCGCAGCAUUAUAAUACAAGCAGAAAUAUGCACCGUAGAUUGUAAAGCUUGGUGUUAAUUAUCUAAAAUUAAACAACUAGGUAAAGUGCAACGAAUUGUUUUAAAAUGUCUGAAAAAAAGCUCAAUGAAUGCACUGUUAUAUACAACAAUAGUUAAAUUACAUCUUAAACGGUAUAAUUUGAUAGAAUCUAAAGGGCUUUUUUAUUAACAAUGGUAUAGUUGUUAAAAUGCGCAAUCAGAGCGGAUUUUCACUAGCAGCCUUGAUGCUCUUGAGAUUGUGCUUACGAAACGUCGCGUGAAGGUAUUUCGGUGAAAUAGAUGAUUUCAGAUUUCUCUUGGGUUUCAGAUGUUAGUGUUACGCGUUAUCGUAAACUGUACCGCUACAAUUUUCUAAAUGGCGUAUAAGUUGCAAGUCUACCGCUUAUAGAAAACAACUUAAUAAAACUAUCAUGUCUCCUAAAUUUAGUGCGCAGUUGUUUUCCCAAAUCCAUAAAUGUCUUGUCGCACUAACACGAUAAAUAAAGGGAAUUUGCUACAAGUUUGUCGCUUUUUGAAAAUAAAUCAAAGUAGAGAUGCGACAGAUAUGAACGUAGCUCACCGUGCCCCACUUCUACGGAACGUAUUUUAUGUUGAAAACUGACUUAUGCGCUGGUGCUGUUUACUUUGUAACGCUUGGGACUCCUCGAUAUAUUUUCAGUGCAAGUAUAGUGCUUGUCUGAUUUAUUUGUUGUCGAUACCUGGUAGCUUUCCCGAGUCAAUGCUAGUCGCUUUUAUUGCUCUAUUGUUUGGCUUCUGGGCGAGAUUAUGAGUACGUCGAGUAAUUUACAUGCAACAACUGUGUAUUGUGUAUCGGUUUCUAGCGUUCGUCUUGUAAUGAAUUGCAAUAUAUUCGCGUGUGGUACGACCCGUCCAAGUAAUUUAAGAUGAAAACUUGACGGCAGGAAAGUUUGUGCGCACGAACAAUGAACGGAACGCGAUGUAAAAAUGAAUAUUAAUAAGACAGCUUGUAACUGAUUUUGAUUUUUAUUUCCAUUUAUAUUUCAUAUUAAAGUUUCGAGCUGACUUUAUCGUGUUGGAUAUUGGGGUAUGUUAAAUUUUUAAUGUAUAGAACGGACGAAAUAAUAUCAUGUUGUGGUACUUAUUGUUAAAAGGCAUUUAAAUAUAUGAACUACAUCCCUAAUAACUGCAAAGAAUUCUUCUGUGUUCAACUCAUAAAGACGAUAAUCGCUGAAGCUGCAAUAGAUAUAAAUGUAAUGAAGAAAUUUCAUAUAAGAACUGCAUCAAUUAAGCAAGUUAUCAAGGGAUCUUUGUGUCUGAAUUAAUAAAUAUCGAUCGAGACAUCGUAACUGAGUGUCAUAUUAACUACCAUCGAAAAAUGUAAAUUAGUGACGUUUGUUAGGAUCACAUAAAAUUAAACAUCUCACUUUCGUUAUCUGCUAUUUUUGUUUCGGAUCUUAACUACCUGACUUAAGGCAUCGUAUCCUUGAGUGACGUGUAUGGCUAUUUAAUUUAUGUCUAUUACUUGACCGUUUUUAAUGUUCUCGUUUAGUUUGGUGGCAGUUGGUGACGCUUGGGGCGCCGCGUUGAUCCUUAUCAGUGUAUGAACGUCACAGUUGCUGAUGAUCCUGUGAUGAAUUUAAUUAAUAUCUAUCACUUGAAAUUCAAAGCUUUAAUUGAUAAGGUGUGAAGUAUUGAAUAGAAUGAAUAUAGUACUAUACACGUUAUAUUUAUACUAAAAUAAAUAUAGGUUAGGUUAUGAUUUAUUGCUGAUAUGGAAGUUUUGGACGUUAUAGGGGGUAACUCUGGAUCUACUGAACUGAUUUAAAAACUCUUUUACUAAUAGAAAGCGAAAUUAUAUUGUUAAAAAUAUUUUUUCAGUUAUUUUUCAAUUACUUAAUGAUAAUAUCAUCGUAAGAGUUAAUUUUGCAAGUACCCUCAUGAAAAUGUUGACCCAGUCAAUAUAGACACAGAAUGAUGAGAAUCGGGUUGCUCUAGUUCAAAAUAACAUUAAUGUGCUUUUAGUGAUAAAACCUUCACCGCCAGCUCUGUUAAGAGCUUAACUUAUGAAAAACAGUGUCCUGAAAUAGACACGUGAGAAAAUGUUAGACGGCUCAAUGAGCUAGCUUUGAAUCGAUGAUUAUUAUUUUGGGCUAGAUAAUUCCCUCGGCUUCGCAUACGGGGUCAAAGAAAAUCAACAGUUGCCGUACAUGUCACGUCUUCACUAAUAUUAUAAAGCUGAAGAGUUCGUUUGUUUGUUUCAACGCACUAAUCUCAAGAACUAUAGCGCCUGCUAUCGAAAUUUUGUAGCAAUUCAAAUAUUCAUCUCAAUGAGUCUUCCCAUAGGAAUGAGAUGUUAACGACGUAAAUAAUCCUUCUAAAUAUCUCCAGACACAGAAAUUGUAUAACAAUACCAAUCCGUUACGACGUGAAAGAAAAACAAACAAACACAGUAUCGCAUUUACAAUACUAGUAAGGAAUCUUGAUUAUUUGUUGAAUUAUUGAUCAAUAAAGAAAUAUACUAAAAUA